CCUAGCUGCAGCGCCUCACUCACUCACUGCCCUCACUCACUAACGAAUAAUACUGGUUUUGAGGUUAAAAUGGUUGAAUUAUUCUGUUUUAGGCAUAUGUUUACGUUUUUUAUAGUUUGUCAGGCAGUUUGUAUUGUAAAUUCAAGGAUUCUAGAGAAUGAACUAGGCGAAGUGAUAUUUGCAAAUGUGCUCUUUAGGCAUGGUGAUAGAACGCCCAUCGAUCCAUAUCCAACAGAUCCAUUUAGAAACACUUCCUUCUGGCCAGUUGGAUUUGGUCAAUUAACAAAUACUGGAAAAGAGCAACAUUUUGAGUUGGGCCAGUGGUUGCGGAACAGAUAUGACGCUUUGUUGACGGAGCAGUAUAGUCGAGACAUGAUCUACGUCAGAAGCACUGAUGUUGACAGAACGUUGAUGAGUGCUGAGUGUAACCUGGCAGGUCUGUAUCCUCCCAAGGAAGCUCAAGUGUGGAAUGAAAACAUCAACUGGCAACCAAUCCCUGUACACACCGUUCCUGAUAAGUUUGACAAUUUGUUGGCGGCAAAAAAACCAUGUCCAGCAUAUGAAGAAGAAUUUAACAGGUUGAUGCAAACCGAAGAAAUGCAAGCAUUGAACAACACUUUCAUAGAAGUUUACAAAGUAUUGAACCAAAAUGCUGGUGAACAGGUUACUACUAUUGAACGUAUUGACUGGGUCUACAAUACUCUUUGGGUUGAGACUUUGUACAAUUUCUCGAUACCAGAGUGGACCAAGUCUAUUUUCCCUCAUCCGAUGGCAGAGGCUUCUAAAUACAGCUUUGUACUACCUACUUGGACAAAGAAACUGGCUCGCCUCAAAUCAGGUCUGUUGGUGAAGGAGAUGAUCACUAGUAUGAAAGACAAGAAGGUAACCAAACCAAAACCCAAACGCAACUUGAACAUGUACUCGGCUCAUGAUACAACAGUGUCCAACCUACUCCACACUCUGGGAGUGUAUAACAUGAUCAACCCUCCAUACACGGUGUGCUUCAUGAUGGAACUCAGGGUCAACUCUUCUGGCGACCAUCUGGUCACGAUGUUCUACCGCAACUCUAGCAGUGAGGACCCGUACUUGCUGACUCUGCCUGGAUGUUCGGCUGCUUGUCCUCUAGAUCAGUUCAUCAAACUAUUGGAGCCUGUCUCUCUAACAGUCACAGACUGGGAGAAAGAGUGUAAAGUGUCCAUCUUCAGUUCCUACAGCAUGCUGACCAUUGUUGGAUUGUCGAUAGUGAAAGGAUGCAAGAUGCUGAUUGGUUUUGUUGGUCGGCUGAGUCUGUUAAAGAUUUUAGCUGGUGACGGAAUUAUAUUUGUGUUGGUAGUUCUGGUUGUGCUAAUCAUCGUGCUGCUUGCCUUCGGAGCUAUCUAUUGGACGAGGAGGAAAAGGGCCACUUACUGUAAAUUGGGAUGAAAUGUGCAAUCGUUAUUCGUAUUUGUUCAAUAGGAGGAAAGAGCAGACCUCUACUGUAAGUUUUGUAUCAUUGUUAAUGUUACCAUGAUUGAAAUGAGUUUGUAAUAGGUGCAUAGCCAGGAUUGCAAUUCAGAAGAGCUACUACCGUACCUAAUAACUGAAGGGAAAUCUUAACUUGAUUGCUGAGGGAAUGUAAAAUUGGUUUAUUUCUGUUGAUUUAUAAACUGCAAAUAACUUCUUAAAUAUUUUGGGAGUUGCUGGAGCCCCCUAAGUGACCCUGGCUAUGUGCUUUGUUUGUGAUUUGUUCGUAAAUGUAUAAAAUAUUUGUCUUUUUGUACUAACGAUCCAAGUGUUUGUGAUUUGGUGUUUUAUUUUCUGACAAAACGAUUUCUUUGACAGGAGGCACUCUCUCCACCGACCCUGCAUCAAUUAACCAACGGUAGUUCGAAUUAAUUGCUUCUGUUUGGGCAAAGUUAUAAAUUUAUUUUUCCUCCCUGAAUUUUAAAAUUGGUUGAUUUAACAAACGUUUUCUAGGAACAUAGAGACGUUCAUUCCCAUUAUUGCAAUAAUAAUAUAGAAUUAUAUCUAUUCAGGUACUGUAUUGCUCUUUACUAUAAGGGAAAAUUAAAAUGACUUUACAUGUUUACAUAGUUGCCCGUUUUAACUGUCCUUUUUAGGUUAUGUGAUCUAGGUUCGCCCUUGUGAGGGUUGUUUAUGAGAUAGUGUUGUGAGGAUUUUCAACCAAUCACUGUCCAAAUGUGGUACUGAUUUUUAAUAUAUUUAGCACAGUUGUAUUACACGUUUAACACAGUAAAAAUAAUAUUUGAGCUUAAAGAUUAAGAAACUUAACACUUUGUUUUACAUUUUUUGGUAUUAUAUAAAACGAUUCUAUAGUAUUAAAAAAUUGUGCGUUUUUAUGUUAUUGUUGUUUUUGUACUUGUACACUGUGAAGUCUAAUCUGUAAUAAUCGUACCACUAAGGUAUAAAGUGACUUUUCUAUCCGAGUUCAAGUUUCAGGCCUGGGUAAAGCCGAGGUCAGAAAAUGUGUGUAUUAUGCAAUUGAUAAAUCAAACUAUUGACAAGAAUGCAACAAUAAGCUACAACCGAUCAAAACAAUUGAUAACUUUCAUCAAACAUGAUUAAAUGGAGCUCUCAUAGAGUGUGGUAAUGUUUCAACUCUGCUGAUAGAGAUGCUGCAUUACUCUUUUAGUUUGCAUCAUCAAAAUGUUGGUGAUUAAUUAUAUUUUAUUUUAAUGCUUGAUCUAUCAAUGGCUUAGGUGUGGAUGUUUAUUUUGUAAAAAUUAAUUAGACAUGAGUUUGCUUUUAGAAUGGCUGAUGUUGAUACCCUUCAUUAGCUUCAUCUUCUUGCCCUAUAAAGUAUAUACCUUUCUACGCUUGCAAGAUGAAGGGGUGAAAGUACUUGCGCCCCUUCAUCUUGCAAGCGAAGAUUUGUCUGUGAAUAAUGCUAUUCAACUGGCUGAGAGAUUCUAUGCAGCUGACCUGCAUGUAAUAUGUCUAGUUUUUAAAUGUUGAUUUGUGUCGGUUUUGUGGUUAACCCUUUGACUGCUAGGCCUAUAAUUCAUAUUUUGUAAGACUUUUUUUGUUUGCCUUUUAAUUCCAUUACCUGUUGCUGAAUUUUAACUGUAUUGUUUUCACUGUUUUAUUAAUCUGGCUAAUUUGGAAUAAUAGGUUAACAAAUAUAUAACAAAGAAGAGUCUAAGUAUUUGCAGUUUAAUUUUUUUUUAACUGUCUUUCCGUUAUAAAUUUCCAAGUUUUCUUAUAAAUUGUAAUGUUCUGAUAGCAUUAUUUGAAACCAAAAUCUCAUGAAAUCCAAAGACAUAUAGUUUACAAUGUAAUAUUGAAUUGAAUUUAACCUUGAUUUAGUUUGAUAAGGUUAUUAUAAUAUAGCCUUUUUAGAAAAAAAUCUGUUUGUCAGUAAAGCCACAUAAACACCAUUUAUACUCACUGUUGUGGUUCAGCUGAAAAAUAUAAUCUAAAUAGUCUUAGACUAACUAUUGCUGCUACCUAGUAACGCAUUGAAAAAAACUAAAUUGUAGCGCUGUCGGGUGCGCUAUCUGUUAGCAAUGGUUGACGUCAGCUUUAAUACCGGUUUUUACUCCAUAAUCUUCAAGCACAAAUAGCUGAGAAGGCUAGUCACUUGGCCAGUGGCAUUCGUUUGCUCGGGUUUGAAUCCCGCCCUGUGUGGCAAAUAAUUGGUGACCUGUGUGUUUGUAGCGAUAUACUACAACUACUGGGGCAUAUUGAGGUGUUCAUAAUCCUUGGUUUAGACAUACACCUUGAAUCAUCGGAUUGGGCGGAUCUUUUAGCGUUUUAGCUAAGUGGUUGUUAGUGUAUCCUAUGAACAUGCAAGUCAUCAAUGGCCGUUUUGCUACUUUUUGUCAAAAUAACCUUCCUUAUACCUUAAAUAUUUUAGUAAACAACGAUAUAUCGUUCCAUAGCACUCAAAGGGUUAACAGAUUUAGAAACUGAUCUGCGUUCUUUUGUGGAUUGCAACUAACAUGUGUUUUACAGUAGACCCCCUCUUAACCGACCCUAGGUUGUAUAAAUCGAAAGGUCGGUUAAAACCGGCAAUCCCUAAAAACUUAAAAAUUUAAGUCCUAUUCAUUUUGAACUAUAUAAUCACUAUUCUGAAGUUGUGCAUGUUAAAUUUACAAAAUAAACUACAUGUAUACCUUUUUUUCUUAAGUAUUGACGAUAAAAAAGGCACAAAUAAACUCAAUACGGGUAAAAACAAAUAAUACUUUCAGUUGAAUAGAUUAUAUCCGUAGGCAAGAGUCUAUAAAAAUCCUUAUUUUAAUGCCUUAAAUUGAUUCUUUCCAAAUUUAUCAUAAUACUGUACAUGACAUGUGUACAAAUCAAAGAGACAAGCAACUACUUUGUUACGAGACAGGAUGUUUAUCUAUAGCCUGAAACAUCCUGUGUAGAGUCUAGCUUAUUGUUCCCAUCGCCAAGCAUGGGAGCUGAAAUUCUGAUUCCUAGAAAGUAGCGGUUAAACCGAACUGUUCUACAAACAAGGUCGGUUGAAACAAACUGUAAUAUUUUACGAGCGAGGGCGGAUAGUCCAAUUAUUAAUGUGAGGUUGGUUAAGAGGGGUCCACUGUAAUAAUAGUUUGUAUGGGCUUUCAAGGGUCUCAAUUGUCCCGAGGGCUAAAAUAACAUUAAAACCCUUAAAAUAGAAUAAUAAUUAUUGUAAUUAUAAUUUUCCAUAAGAUUACUUUUUACUUUAAGAAAAUUGUAUUGCUUUUUAUAUUAUUCAAUACUUUUUGUAUUUUUAGCGAAUUUCCCAUAUAGGGAAUAAGCUAUUACCGUAGUACUCAUGGUAAGACCUGGACCCGGGACCGAUUUUUUUUUUCGUUUUGAGGUCCCUAGAGGCCAA